UUAUUUGGAGAUCAUGGGAAGCGGAAGUUCUGCAAAUCCAAACAACUGUCCACAAAGAUUGGAAAAAAGGCGGACGCUACCAGAUGCAACUCACCCAGCCUUCAAGGCCGCUGUCCUCAUCCAAAGGUGGUACCGGCGUUACAUGGCCCGGCUAGAAAUGCGCCGAAGAUGCACCUGGAGAAUCUUCCAAUCCAUUGAGUACUCCUGCGAGCAGGAUCAGAUCAAGCUUCACAACUUCUUCAAUUACCUUAUGGACCACUUUACACCAAGAAGCAGUGGAGAAAGGGAUUUCAUUAGUCGCAUGUUCACAGAGGAAGAAAAUUACAGAGAGUCAGAGCUGGAAAAGUUCUGUGACUAUGACUCUGUUGAAGUGCCGGAUUCCUACACUGGACCCCAUCUUUCCUUCCCACUCCUACCUGAUCAUGCUGCUGCCUUAGUGGAAGCAUUCAAACAGAAACAACAGUUGCACGCUCACUAUGUCUUAAGGCUCCUACAUGAAACCAGAAAGCACCUCAAGCAGCUGCCAAACAUCAAUCACGUCUCCACUUGCUAUAGUGAGGAGGUCACUGUAUGCGGAGACUUGCAUGGACAGCUGGAUGAUUUGUUUCUGAUAUUUUAUAAGAACGGCCUUCCUUCUCCAGAGAAGUCCUACGUGUUCAAUGGGGACUUUGUGGACAGAGGCAAAAACUCCAUUGAGAUCCUGAUCAUUCUCUUUGCCUUCCUUUUGGUUUACCCAAAGGAAGUUCAUCUAAAUCGAGGAAACCAUGAAGAUCAUAUGGUCAACUUACGCUAUGGUUUUACCAAGGAAGUCAUGCAAAAAUAUAAGGGGCAUGGAAAGAAAAUCCUGAAGAUGAUACAGAAUGUCUUUUGUUGGCUUCCGCUGGCUACCUUAAUUGAUCAAAAAGUCCUCAUCCUGCAUGGUGGGGUGUCUGACAUGACUGACCUGGACCUACUUGAAAAUAUUGAAAGGCACAAGUUUGUUUCUGUGUUAAGGGGGAAAAAGAAGAAAAAGAAUAGAUUAAUGGAAUUGAGAGACAUGAAUGGAGACAGCAUUAAUUCUUCAAUGACCAGCCUGAGCUCUUCCUCAGCCACGGCUCCCAGCAUGACCGACAGGAUGGAGUUCUCUCAAUGGGUCCGAAAGACAGUUCAAGAGCAGCUGGAGAAAUGCCGCAAGCUGUUGGAGAUUGAGUCAGACUCUGAGGACGAUGAUUUCACCUGUGCUACCUCCGUCGCCAUGUCCAAGACCGAAUCCGAAUUGUCUGAGACAUGGCAGACAAUCCAGGAAGAGUGGAAGCAGAUUAUAGAUGUAUUGUGGAGUGACCCCAUGCCUCAGGAGGGUUGCAUAGUAAAUACGGUCCGAGGAGGUGGCUGCUACUUUGGGCCCGAUGUGACAGAGAAACUUUUGCAAAAGUACAACCUGCAGUUCCUGAUCCGCUCCCAUGAGUGCAAGCCAGAAGGCUACGAGUUCUGCCACAGUCGAAAGGUACUAACCAUAUUUUCAGCUUCAAACUAUUACGAGAUUGGCAGUAACCGAGGAGCCUAUGUAAAACUGGGGCCAGACCUGGUCCCUCAUUUUGUGCAGUAUCAAGCUAGCAAGACAGCCCAUACACUAAGCACGAGACAAAGAAUCAGCAGAGUGGAGGAGUCAGCCUUUCGAGCUCUGCGAGAGAAGCUUUUCGCUCACACAUCUGAUCUGAUCAGUGCAUUCAAAGCUUAUGAUAAGGAUGACACUGGGUUGAUCACACUAAGCAACUGGGCAACUGCAGUGGAGUCAGUACUGCAUUUAGGAUUGCCAUGGCGUAUGCUUAGACCACAGCUAGUGUGCAACACUACAAAUGGCAUGAUGGAGUACAAGUGCUGGCUCGAUGACUUAGCCAUAGAAAAGAGGAGCCAAGAACACAUACAGUCAAGCAUGUUGGAAAUCAUUUAUCGAAACAGAUCCAACCUGGAGACCAUUUUCAGGAUCAUAGACAGUGAUCACUCAGGGCUCAUUUCAUUUGAAGAAUUUCAGCAGACCUGGAAGCUGUUUAGUUCCCACAUGAAUCUUGAGCUCACAGAUGAUGGUAUCCAUGACCUGGCCCGCACCAUUGAUUUCAAUAAGGAUGGAAAUAUAGACUUCAAUGAAUUCCUGGAGGCCUUCCGCCUCAUUGAGCGAUCUCACAGUGAAGAUAAAACAGAGCCCAAACCAACCCCCAAAAGUAGUAAAAGGUAGCUACUUGGACACCCACUAGAACUCUAAAAUGCCACGCGCAAUGCCUUUGGAUGGUCUCCAAAACUAGAACAUG